AUGGAGACCGACGCUGCAUCAACGUUCAGCGCAAAGCCACCUCCACUGACUUCAGACCAACUGAAUUAUCUUAUAUGGAGAUAUCUUCAGGAAUCAGGCUACGCCGAGGCUGCUGUCAAGCUUCAACGCGAUUGGAAUGUGGACGCAGAGAGCCUCCCAUUUGCGAAACAUGUCAAAGGCCAUGCCCUUGUUUCUCUGGUGCAAAAGGGUCUCCGCUAUCACCACUUAUCGCUCACAAUUGAUGAGAAUGGCCGGCCUUCGAAGCAGCUCAAUCCGUCCAUGUUCUUCUUUGGCCCUGAGAGUGAGAAACCGCCACGAGAACUACCCGAUGAACCUGUCAUUUCAGCACCUUCACCCGAUGAGUCCGUCACCGAGCCUCGACGACAGCCUCGUGAUGGCAUUACAAACGGUCUUCAGGAAGCCUUGGCCGCACAACCCGCGCCUAAACGAGGCCGAAAAACAGCACCCAGUUCGGAACGUAAUGGAAGCGUGGCGCGUAAACCUUCAGCAUCUGCAAACCGACACGGCCAUGCCUCCGCCAUGGACGUCGAUAUGCUGAAUGGUCACCUCGUCCCUCUUGCCGACGCCAGAUCCCCGUCUGCCACGGACCUUGGAGCCGACGAGAAUGGCCCUCUUGUCAAUGGCAUCAAGACUGAUGAGCGGAUGGACAUUGACGAAGAAUCACUAGCCGCAGAUCACCACAAUCACGAACCGCAUGUUGAGCUUGUGCUACCGACCGUUCAUACUCUAGCCACGGGGCAAAGCAUCGGCAUUCAAGUUGCUCCAGCCAAGGUUGCAAACCUUGGCUCGUCCACCACCAUCCUUCAAUUACCCUCUGGCACUGGGCAGGAGCCAUCGAAGCCACUUACCCGUAUUGCAUGGCGUCCUGGGGACGACAAAUUACUGACAGCAAUAGGGGAUGAUUUUUGCGGAUUCUGGAAUGCUGCCGACCAGGCUCCAGAUGCCGUUGCACCACCUCGCUUUCAAGAGCUACUGGAAUCGGGAGAUGGGAAACUGAUAAGUGCGAUGGCGUGGGAGCCGAACGGGGAACUGCUUGCAGUCGCAACCUAUAGCGACCAUUCUGGGCAGAUACAUUUGUUUGACGGCCAAGAACUCUCCAUGCUCGAGGCGUUGCCGGCGUCGCAAAGGGCCAUUACCUCUCUCCUGUGGCACCGACAAGGCUCACGUUUACUUGGCGUUGCUCCCUACGACUCCGACACUACAGAUCCUUCCCAGAGCGGAGGCUCCUCCAUUCUCCUCUGGGAUCUGUCCAAAUUAUCCGGCCUUGCUGAACCUUCAACAGUUCUUGUCCCGGAGAUUCUGGUUGAUGUAGACGGCGCAUUCUUUGACGGCAAUGGCAUUAUCUGCGCUGCCGGACAGAACGCUGUCUACUAUUGCCGCGCCUUUACAGACAUCGGGGUUGAGCAGAAGUGGACGUCGGAUCCCAGUGGGGGCGAUCAAUGGACCUUUAUCAGAUGCGCCUGGCACGGAGAACGGGACGCCAUGUUAGUUGCAGCAUCCGCCGAGACUGGUGCUCUGUGGAUGCCGGCCCAGAACAUUUUCAAGAGAGGGGCACAUGACACGCCUAUCACAGGUCUUGAACUUCGACCUCGCUUAUCCAGCACGUUCAACCCUUUAUGGAAACAAGAGUUUGCCACUUCCUCCAUGGACGGGACUAUCAAAAUCUGGCAGUACGACGGGGAAAGCAAUUCCAUCAACUCAGUGUGCAAACUCAUCAUUGGACACGGUUCGCCUAUUAUGGCAUUGUCGUAUUCUCCCGAUGGCUUCUGCUUGGCAGGGGCCAGCUACGAUGCUGCUCGCAUCUGGAACGCCGAGCAUGGCCACAACCUGAUGGCUACUUGGAAGGACGAACAGAAUUUAUGGAGAGGUUCGCAGCUGAAAGACGAUGACAUGAUGAGUACCGGCGGCAUUUCAAGUGUUAAUGGCGAUACGAUUCAAACGAGUUCUGAUCACGCAUUGAUUUGGGAUGGCCAGAGCAAAAGCCUCGCUUUUGGCCUUGGGUCCCAGGUUGCUCUCAUUGAUUUCCAACGGUGA